UUUCCCGUCCUUUCACCUUCCGUUCUUCUCCCACCUACAGGCUUCCGUCGAAACUUGCGAGUUGCGAACCAAAAAAAAGGCGCAAAAAAAGCAGAAGAGCCCAGAAGAAGAAGAAGGAGUAGAAUCCAGGCAAUCCGCCAGUAGCGCAAAUCAGCAACAUCCGGAAAGUAGGAAAGAUCCUUCCCCCUCGGCAUAAUUUUCCUCCACUCUCCGCCAUCGUAGCCGCCGUGGUUCUGCCACUCUCCGACGAUCGCCCUCUUUGGCUCCGUCGUAUCAUGGUCACUGUGGUUCCUACGGGGAAUCGGGAUUCAGACUGUUGUGCAAGAUUUCCUACGGUGUUCGUUCUUCUUUCUAGUUGUCGAUCGCUGUGAAUAGUUUGUAAAGAGGUAGUUGUGUAUCUGUAUAUGUAGUUGGUUUGAUUGGUUUCGAUUAGGGUUUUCUGUUGCUGGAAUUUGGGCAAGAAGUGGUGAUUUGAUUGUGUUAAUAUGAUAAUUGAGGAAGUGAAGGGAGACGAGUUGGGUGUAGUUGAUAGAAUUUCGGAGAAGGAUCGAAUUGGUGGUGAUGGAGACUUGGUCGUCUGGGACUCGAAGCGGGUCUUGAUCGGAGCGGGCGCCAGGGCUUUGUUUUAUCCUACUUUGCUUUACAACGUCGUUAGGAACAAGUGUCAGGCUGACUUCCGGUGGUGGGAUCGGGUGGACGAGUUUAUUUUGUUAGGUGCUGUUCCAUUUCCUACUGAUGUUCCGUGCCUCAAGGAGCUUGGUGUUCGGGGAGUAGUUACCAUGAACGAGCCAUAUGAGACAUUGGUUCCUACAUCUCUGUAUUACGAAUAUGGCAUUGACCAUCUAGUACUCCCUACUAGGGACUACUGCUUUGCACCUUCCUUGCGAGACAUAUCCCGGGCUGUAGAGUUCAUUCACGACAAUGUGAUGCGAGGGGAAACGACCUAUGUCCAUUGUAAAGCUGGUCGAGGACGCAGCACCACAGUUGUGUUAUGCUACCUUGUACAGCACAAGCAUAUGACACCUGAUGCUGCCUACAAAUAUGUAAAGUCCAUCAGACCAAGGGUGCUUCUUGCUCCCGCCCAACGGCAGGCUGUUCAAGAAUUCUAUCACCUUCACAUGAAUACCCACAGCCUCUACGGCAGUUUGAGAAGUCUCAUAUUAAAGGCCCCAAGGCAGAGUCUGGAUCUCUUCCUCUCAAAGGAUCUCGUGAAAUUCGAUGACAGCUCGGUAGUUCUUGUUACGGAGUCAGAUCUCGAUGGAUAUGACCCAAGGCUUGUAUCCACUCCAAUGAAGAGCGAGGUAUGGGCCGACUUGAGUGUGGUUUACGGGGUACGGGUUGCUGGGCAGGCAGUACUCGCAAGGAUCUCCUGUAUGUGGCUCCGUUGUGGAGCUCACCACCAGAAGUUUGUUGGCGAGGAGCAACUGAGCAGGAAGAGCAGCUGCUCGAUCAGCAGGGAUCAAUUGGGAGAGUAUCAGAUUGCAAAAUGGUGCAUCAGUGUUAUAAGAUUGUAUAAGAUCGAUAAUAAGUUAAUUCGAUUAAGUUCGGGCAACACCACCUGGCUCGCCGACCGCUACUACACCGGCGGAUCCGCCACCGUCGUCUCCGAGCCGCUCCACUUCCGCCACCCGCAGGAGAAGACCCUCCGCUACUUCCCGCUCUCCUCCGGGAAAAAGAACUGCUACAUUCUCCCUCUCCCUUCUGGCCGCUACUACUUCCGCACCUUUACCGUCUACGACAACUACGACGGCAAGUCCCACUCCCCUAGCUUCGACGCUUCAGUGGAAGGCACUUUGGUCUUCUCCUGGCGCGCCCCCUGGCCCGAAUCCCUAGCUCGCGACGGCGCCUACUCCGAUCUCUUCGCCUUCGUCAAGGACGGGGAGGCGGAUGUCUGCUUCUACAGUAUCGCCACCGACCCUCCCGUAAUCGGCUCGCUCGAAAUCCGCCAGGUCGAUCCGCUGUCCUACACCGCCGGAGACCUCGGUGACCGGUUUAUUUUGGUGAAUUACGGUCGAUUGUCCUACGGGAGCGACCAAUGGGGGCCGGGUUUCACCAACGAGCGCCAAAUGCACGGUUCGGCCGUCGUCAGCGCUGGUAGCUCGACGUUCCUCUCCAAGAAGCAUCAAUGCCUCGCACUGCUCAAGCUCUGCUCUUCAAUCAAACACCUCUAUCAGCUCCAUGCCCAAAUCCAAAUCUGCGGACUCCAGAGCGACUCCUUUCUAGCGACGGAACUAAUCCGGGUAUGUUCACUCUCUUCUCGGAAAAACCUGAAUCACGCACGAACCAUCCUCAGCCGAUUGGCUAACCCACCUCCAGCGGCUUGGAAUCUCCUCAUUCGUGGUUAUUCCUCCAGCGACGACCCUAGAGGAACCAUACUCCUCUUCCGCCAGAUGCUCAGAGGAGGGAUCACCCCCAAUAACCUCACUUUCCCAUUCGUUCUCAACGCCUGCGCUUCUUCUUCUUCCUCUUCUUGCUCGGCGGAGAUCAAAGAAGGGGAACAGGUCCACGCCCACGUCGCGAAAUCUGCGUUGGACUGCUCUGAUGUCUACGUAGGGAACAAUUUGAUCCAUUUCUAUGGCUCCUGCAAAAGGGUAUCUCGUGCUCGCAAGGUGUUUGACAAAAUGCCCGAGAGGAGUGUAGUGUCGUGGAAUGCUGUGAUCACUGCCUGCGUUGGGUGCUCGAGUACAGAGGAUGCAAUUUGGUACUUUAGGGAAAUGAAAGGUUCCGGGUUUGAACCUGAUGAGGCGACGAUGGUGGUCAUGCUUUCACUCUGCGCCGAGGUGGGAAACUUGGGGCUAGGCAAAUUGAUUCAUUCUCAAGUGAUCGAGCAAGGAAUGGGAUUGACUCACCAGCUGGGCACAGCCCUCGUCGACAUGUACUCAAAAGCAGGGAACUUGGUUUACGCCAUGUCUAUCUUUGAAUCCAUGGAGGAGAAAAGGAGAAAUGCUUGGACUUGGAGUGCAAUGAUCUUAGGGCUAGCUCAACAUGGCUUCGCCAAGCAAGCCCUCUUGCUCUUCCGUCGAAUGAUCUCUUCCACCUCCUCAUCGAUCCAACCCAAUUAUGUCACCUUCCUUGGAGUCCUCUCUGCCUGCAGCCACGCGGGCUUGGUCCAAGAAGGGUUCAACUACUUCCAUGAGAUGCAACAUAAAUACGGGAUCAAACCCACUGCAGUUCACUACGGCGCUAUGGUGGAUAUACUAGCCCGUGCAGGUUACUUGAAGGAGGCGUAUGAGUUUGCCUCGAGCAUGCCUUGCCGGAGGGACCCUAUAGUUUGGAGGACUCUGCUCGGUGCUUGCCGUGGUAGGAACUGUGGUGGUAGUGAUGGUGAAUUGGUGGAGGAGGUGAGGAGGCGGCUGCUGGAGCUUGAGCCUAGGAGGAGUGGGAAUCUGGUGAUGGUGGCGAAUCUGUAUGCAGGUGCUGGGAUGUGGGAGAGAGUUGAGGAUGUUAGGAAGGGGAUGAGAGAUGGGGGGUUGAAGACUAGAGGUGGGGAGAGUUGGAUUGAGUUGGGUGGUUCAGUUCUUCAAUUCUUCUCUGGUUGUGGUCUGGAGGAGUGGGCAGAAGAGAUGAACCGGGUACUGAUUGGGUUGGAUCUUCAUGUUAGGAUGUUGCAGGCUGUUCUAGAAUUCUAUCACCUUCACGUAAAAACUUACGGCCUCUACAGCAGUUUGAGAAGUAUUAUAUUGAAGGCACCAAGGCAAAGUCUGGAUCUCAUCCUCUCGAAGGAUCUCGUGAAAUUCGACGAUUGCUCGGUAGUUCUACAGAAUCAGAUCUCGAUGGAUGUGACCCAAGCAUUGUAUUGAGUCCAACGAAGAGCGAGAUAUUGACCGACUAGAGUGUGGUGGUUUAUGGGGUACGAGUUGCUCGGCAGGAUAAUGUAACAAAUAUCUGAUUGCGAAAUCAUAUAUUACUGUAAUACCCGUGGUAGAAUAAGCUUGUAUCGAAUUGUUCAUCAACGAAAUUGCAUAUUACUGUAGUACCCGUGGUAGAAUACUCAAUAAUAUAGUGAAUGUCAUAUUAAUAUCGAUGCUUCAUGUAACAAUGUUUCUUUUCCCAAACGGUUGAUAAUUGAUAUUAG